AGCGGCUCCGGGCUUCAGCGGUGACACUCAGGAGCGAACGCACACUCCCCACUCGGAGCCGCGAGAGAGCGGAGCGAACCGAGCCGCGCGCCCGCCGCCGGCCCGUGCGCCCGGCUCUCCCCGCGCUGCGCUCCAGCCUGGCGCCGGUGCCCCGAGCGGCCGCCCGCGGAGCCCGCGCCAGCCCGGCCCGGCGCUGCAGCAUCCUCCCGCCGCCCGGCCCCCGCACGCUGCCCGCCUUUAAAAAGGACCUCCCGCCGCUGCCCCGCUCGGCCCCGGGAUCCUUCAGCCCCGCGCUUCUUCCCGCUCCGCUUCGCAGCAACUUCGGCGGCCGCGCGCCGCCAGCCUUCGCCCGCCUUUGAAGUUUGCAGCGCCGGCCGCAAAGUUGGGACACGUCGGCCGAUUUAAUUUGCUCUUUUAUUUGCCUCCUCUUCUGCCACCUCUCCCACCACUCCGAGUCCCUUCGGUUCCUGAUUUCUGGUGCUUAGCAUCUUGGCGAGAGCGGGGACGUGGACUGUUUCGCACACCGCAAUUUGGGAGGGAUUUUUUUCUCUUCUCCCCAAGGAAAAACAGACUUUUUAAAGGAUGAUGCCUCUCCACUGGUGUCUGCUGUGGCUGCUAUUACCACUGAGCUCUAGGACCCAAAAGUUACCCACACGAGAUGAAGAACUUUUUCAGAUGCAGAUCCGGGACAAGGCAUUUUUCCAUGAUUCAUCAGUAAUUCCAGAUGGAGCUGAAAUUAGCAGUUAUCUCUUUAGAGACACACCUAAAAGGUAUUUCUUUGUGGUGGAAGAAGACAAUACUCCGUUAUCAGUCACAGUGACUCCCUGUGACGCGCCGUUAGAGUGGAAGCUGAGUCUCCAGGAGCUGCCAGAGGAGGCAAGCGGCGAAGGCUCAGGUGACCCCGAACCUCUGGAGGAGCAGAAGCAGCAGGUCAUUAAUGAGGCAGGCACCGAGUUAUUCUCCUACAAAGGCAAUGAUGUGGAGUAUUUUAUAUCUUCUAGUUCGCCAUCUGGUCUCUACCAGUUGGAACUUCUUUCAACAGAGAAAGACACACAUUUCAAAGUCUAUGCCACCACAACUCCCGAGUCUGAUCAGCCCUACCCGGAAUUGCCUUACGACCCAAGAGUAGAUGUGACGUCCCUGGGGCGCACCACAGUCACGCUGGCCUGGAAACCGAGCCCCACAGCCUCUCUACUGAAGCAGCCCAUUCAGUACUGUGUGGUCAUCAACAAAGAGCACAAUUUCAAAAGCCUUUGUGCUGUAGAAGCAAAGCUGAGUGCAGAUGAUGCUUUUAUGAUGGCACCCAAACCUGGUAUGGACUUCAGCCCCUUCGACUUUGCCCACUUUGGGUUUGCUUCGGAUACUUCAGGGAAAGAACGCAGCUUCCUGGCAAAGCCUCCUCCCAAACUGGGGCGCCAUGUGUACGCCAGGCCCAAGGUGGACAUCCAGCAGAUCUGCAUAGGAAACAAGAACAUCUUCACAGUGUCGGACCUGAAACCAGACACACAGUUCUAUUUCGACGUCUUCGUGGUCAACAGCCGUAGCAACACGAGCACCGCCUACGUGGGCACCUUCGCCAGGACCAAGCAGGAGGCCAAGCAGAAGAUGCUGGAGCUCAAAGAUGGGAAAGUUGCGGAUGUAUUCAUUAAGAGGAAGGGAGCAAAGUUUUUACGAUUUGCUCCAGUUUCUUCUCACCAGAAAGUCACCUUCUUCAUUCACUCCUGUCUGGACGCCGUCCAAAUCCAAGUCAGAAGAGAUGGGAAACUUCUUCUGUCCCAGAAUGUGGAAGGCAUCCGGCAGUUUCAGCUGAGAGGGAAACCUAAGGCAAAGUAUCUCAUCCGACUGAAAGGAAACAAGAAAGGGGCCUCCAUGUUGAAAAUACUAGCUGCCACAAGGCCCAGCAAGCAGUCAUUUCCCGCCCUCCCCGAAGACACGAGGAUCAAAGCCUUUGACAAGCUCCGCACCUGCUAUUCGGCCACCGUGGCUUGGCUGGGAACGCAGGAAAGGAACAAGUUCUGCAUCUACAAAAAGGAAGUGGCUGAAAACUACAAUGAAGACCAGAAGAAGAGAGAACAAAACCAGUGCCUAGGACCGGAGACAAGGAAGAAAUCGGAAAAGGUCCUCUGUAAAUAUUUCCACAGUCAAAACCUGCAGAAAGCAGUAACCACAGAAACAAUUAAAGGUCUUCAGCCUGGAAAAUCUUACCUACUGGAUGUUUAUGUCAUAGGACAUGGGGGGCACUCUGUGAAGUAUCAGAGUAAAGUCGUGAAAACCAGAAAGUUCUGUUAGUUUCCUUGUACGGAAUGAUGUGACGUAAAACUCCAGAAGAGACAUUAAAUCCCUUUAAGUAUAAACUGAGCACUCCCACAGCUGAGAGAAGUUGUGACCUAUACCUGUUCUGUGGAAGGAAGGAUAUCAACUUGUGUUCUUUGAUGUUUGUACAAGUAACUGCUGGAGGACACUUGCCCUAGUGUGCGCCAGUGGUACCUAGUGUGUGAGGCCCACUGAUGUCAAACAUAGAGGACAUUUGGAAGGAGCUGCCAUCCCUUGCUUUGACCACUGCAUGAACUGCUUCUAAAUUAUUUUAUUACCUAAAAAUUUAAAAUAUGCCAUUCAUUGCACACAUCCACAAAUGCAAAUCAUUCCUCUCUGUAGAUGCUAGGAUAUAUAUAAAUUAUUUUAUAAAGUCUUGUUUUAAAUGUCAGUGUUUCUAUGAUUGUAAACUAUUAAAUUCUUUUCCUGUUAAAGUACAGAUCUAAUCUAAAUAUAUUAAGUGGAUGGUCCUCUAGUCAGUUAUGUUGCAUUGUAAAUUCUUAUCUGUUGAGUAAAAUGUUUAAAUACUGUAUGUAUCUCAUGUACAAAGUUGACAUACAUUAUAUUCCUGUACAUAAAAUUAAAGAUAUUAGAUUAUAUACUGCUCAUUUUCCCAAACCAAUACCUUAGUGUAUUCAAUUUCUAUUCUGUCCCCAAAACUGUACCUCUAUGUAAUUUGGCACCAGAAUGGACCCCUUUUAUAGUUAAAAAGGCAUGCUGCAUCUCUUAAAGUUACUGUGGCAUUAGAGAUAGUUAUUGUCAUUCGUAUUCUGACUUUGAAUAGGACCCAGCUGUGGAAGAUUUGAGCAAGGCCCAACAGACUUGUUUGAAAAGAAAGACAAGCCAAAUACUGUGGCCUGGUAAGUAUUCAACAAAUCGCCCUUAACAACCUAAAAUACAUUACCUCUAUUUUAAAAAUAAGCAUCUAUCUUAAGUACAAAAUUGGGAUAUUCCAAGCAUUUUCCAUCUGACUUUAUUUUAGCAAAAUAAUUAUUUUAAUUUCUAUCUGAAGCAACUGGACAACCACCAAUUAGGACUUUAAUUAGUAAUAAUAAAACUACAGAAUGGCUGUUUUGUAACAUUAACAGUGUGACUCUUUUGCCUUUUCAUGAACUGAUGAAAAGUAAUUUAGGUGUAAGAUAAAAUUUGGGUCAAUAGUAACAGAAACCAUUUAGCAAAACUCUGCACAAAGGACAGUUUUAUAUGUUUUCAUUCUCCACGGUUUCCAGACAUAAGGUGUCAUGAGAAUAUCAGCUCAGAUUCAGAAGACUCUGGAAUUUACAAUCACCUAAGCUACAUGACUUUAGGAAAAUCCGUUAUCUCCCAUUGUUUCCCUCUCCCAUGUAUAAUGUUAGGUGGUGAUAAAUUUGGAUAAGAUGACCUUAUAAGAUGUCUUCUACUAUAAGACAUUAUCUUUUAUAGAAUUCUAUGAUUCUUAAUUACAAAGUGUUCCUGUGACUAGAAGCGGGGAUGGAUAUAAAUUGUCCCCUACGUGCUUGCACCACCUUUCCAAUGGUGGGCACACUGCGUAGCAUUCCUACGGCAUAGAAUUGGCCAUAUAUAAGUGGUGGUCCUUAUGAAAGGUGCUCUGCUCACCUUAAGAGAGAAUGUCCCCCUAAAAAAUGUUCACCUGACUCCUCAGGGUUAAGAUAUCAAAACAAAAUUGAUCAGAUCUUACAAAACAGGAAAGAGACCUGCAAGCAUUUCAAGAGAUAAAAAGAACAUGCACCCAAUGGCUAUAUAAACAACCAACUUGAAGAAAUUUAAGAUUGACAAAUUCCAGAGAUGUUAUAUCCUAGGUUAUAAAUGUGGUACAUUUGGAAGGAGAAUCAACUUUCUCAUAUUACUUACAAAUGUAUUAUAACAGAGCAAUGUGCUAAAUGGGACUAUAGUGAGUCAGAGUCAUUGCAGCUUCCAGGUGAUGGACUGAACUCUCAGAUACUGCUUCAAGCCGGGGAAACCCUGGGAAGCAGGCCAAGACAAUUUCACCAAGCUUUUGCUUUUCAGCCAGCUGUGAUGGUGGUUUUUACAUAGUCUGGAUAAAUCUGAGAAAUCUUCCAUGGCCCCAGUGAAAUUUGCCUUUUAGAAAUUAUAGGAAAAUUAAAUACAUACUGUGAAACUUCUAUCACUCAAAAAGGAAGAGGAACAACUAACUAAAAUUAAAGCGCUCUUACUUAGUAAUGUGUUUACAUUUUUAGGAGCAUACAGGUGAACUGAAGAGAGGCAAGAAAAAUUUGUUCUUAAUUAACAAAAGAACUAAAAAGUAGCCAAUAUGAAAACACCACCUUUUUUCCAUUAAGCGCCAGGAUAGCAGUGUUGAAAACAGGUCAUCUAGGGUCCCGAGCGUAGCCAUG